AUGAAGACAACGACGCAUUUGUUAUUGUGCACGAUCGGAGCGAUUUGCAUCGUGCAUAUUGAUGCGAGCUGGAUGAACGGCCUGCUAGGAGGUAACGGAAUGAGUCCUGGAAACGGAUGGUUGAGAAACUUGAUCAAUCCAAAUCAUCAUCACGGAGGUGGAGGAGGCUGGAAUCCUGGCGGUGGUGGUCAUAGAGGUGGGGGUCAAGGAGGUGGAGGUCAUGGGGGUUGGGGAGGCCAGGGUGGUCAAGGAGGAGGAUGGAGAGGUCAGGGUGGUCAAGGAGGAGGAUGGGGAGGGCAGGGUGGUCAAGGAGGAGGACGGGGAGGUCAGGGUGGUCAAGGAGGAGGAUGGAGAGGUCAGGGUGGUCAAGGAGGGGGAUGGGGAGGUCAGGGUGGUCGAGGAGGAGGACGGGGAGGUCAGGGCAGUCAAGGAGGAGGAUGGGGAGGUCAGGGUAGUCAAGGAGGAGGACGGGGAGGUCAGGGUGGUCAAGGAGGGGGAUGGGGAGGUCAGGGUGGUCAAGGAGGAGGACGGGGAGGUCAGGGUAGUCAAGGAGGAGGAUGGGGAGGCAAUGGAGGUAAUAGUGGUGUGGGUAUAGUAGCACCACCUGGACCAACAAAUUAA